AUUAAAACAAUGAUGCUCAUAGAUCCAUAGAAUAAGCUACUUUAAACCUAGAUAAUGGAUUUGAUCAUGUAAUUUAGUAUAGUGACUUUAGGAAAAAGGAUCCAAGAAUCGUGGUUGCUAAGGAUUACAAUUACUCCUGCACAAAAUUGUAAUACAAGGAGGAUGGUAAAUUGUUUCUAUCAUUUACUUGUUUUAAUUUCAAUGAGAUAUUCAGCAUAGCAGGUAACUACAUGAUUGAGAAAUACUAUAAGGGUAAUUACAUAUAAAUAAAGGAUAGAUUACACAAAGGAGGCUGUAGAUGAAGGAUUUCAUUUGACGUUUUCAUUCGAUGCCUAAUCAGCCAAAGAGGAACCUAAGAUUCCAAAGAAUGCAACGGAGGCAGAAAAGGCUGAACUUUAGGAGCUAAAAUUGCAGAUACGAGCAGAAAAUUAGAAAUUGUUUGAGAAGGUCACAAAGGAUUUCUCAUAAAUAAGAAGAAACUUCUAUGCAGCUGCAUUUGAGUAGGCAUUCGAUCAAAUCAAUAAAGGGGAAGCAUCGUCUCCAUUCAAGUAUCAAAGUAGAGAGAAUGAAGUUGUUUAUGCCAUUCCUGACAAAGAUGCUUUGAACAUUUUCUAUGAGAUUUCAUUUUCUGACAAUGUUGAUAGGACAUUGGCAAAUCUAAUAAUCACCGAGAUAAUCGAUGCAAAGAAAAAUGUGAAGAUGGCCCCUCCUAUUUCAAGAUCGAAUUACCAAUCUUCUAUAUUGAAAUCAGCAUUCCCAGAAGUGUCGAAUAUCAAGGUGGAUCCAAAUUCAUAAUUAAUAACGAUGACACUAUUCAAGGCAUAACAUUUUAGUAAGAAUAUAGAAUAAUUAUCUACAUUUUUAUAAGGAUUUAGGUAAUAUACAUAGUAAUGUUAGACAAUAUUUGCAUUAUCACAUUCAUGCUUCCAAGACUUACUUGCAUUCCAGAAUCAUCAAAAGAAUCAGCCAAUUCCAAAGAAGUUUACAAUUAUGUUAAUUCGAACCUGAAGUUGAAAAGAAGACUGAGGAUCUGUUCACAUCUUCUGGUGUAAAAGCAUGAAAUAUAAGAAUAAGGAUAAUUAAUAAUUAUAUUGUUU